GGGCAUGCUCGGCCGCUGCUGCAGGCUGGGCGGGUCGCGCUGGUCCCCGGCCGGCCGGAGCGGCGGCGGCGGCGGCGCCGGGCAGCAUGAGGGAACCGCUCGGGCCGGCUGAUUUAAGGAAUGUGGAGGUCCAAUCGCUUGCUAAGGCCAGCAGCCCAGGGAACAGCACUGGGUCCUGCCACCACGAUGGUUCCAGCAGUUGAGCUCUGAUGAAGCUGUUGCACCAUGUACAGUGUGGAAGACCUGCUCAUCUCCCAUGGAUACAAACCAUCGAGAGAUCUCUCAGCACCGCGCGAGGAUGACCCUGAGGGGCGCCAGCCAGCAAGGACGAGGGUGCGAGCUGGCCAGGGCCUGGUGAAUGGGCACGAGGAUGGUUCUGCAGUCUCUGCACAUCGUAAGACACCUACAGGGAGAGGACACGUGAGCGACCCCGAAAGCCGCCGCCGCAGCACACCGAGGGGCCCCCGGGAGCCCCAGGGAGCGUCCGCUUCUAGAACCUCGGAGGCAGGGUUUUAUAAUCACCCCACCGUAGUGUGGAACCCCCAGCCCCAGGCUGGUAGCGACCAGACCCACUGGAAAAGAGGAGGACCGGAAGUCGGUAGGUCGCUGGGCCUGAGGGACCGAGAGGACCUGGAGGUCAGAGGAAUGGCCCAAGCCUACAGCCUGCCUGGCCAUGUGAGGGAGGGUCCCUGGGAAGUCGGAAGAAGGACAGGGCAUGUGACGAAGAAGGCAGUUUGGGAAGAAGAGCUGAGAGCAUCGGGUCCUACCAAGUGGCAGAACGUCAGCCUGGAAAGCUGGAACCAGCCAAGGAAAUUAGGGAGGCAGAUGUCGGAUGGUGCUGGGGAAAGAUUCUUUCAAGAUUUGUAUCCGUUCAUUCAAGGAGAACACGUGUUGAAGUCUCAGAACAAAAGAAAAUCCCAGUCGUUGCCUAGAGUCCUUUUCCCCGACAAUCUGAGUUGCACAGAAAUCCCCAUUCCAUUAGGCGACGGAUAUUUACCUAAAAUGCCACCGUAUCCUCCAAAUUGUCCACCUAAUCUGGAACCCACAAGGCACCCGGAGAAAGGUGGCUCCUCGGUGCCUUUACUCCGGCCCAAGUUUGGGAAACCCCUCAAGCCCCCAUCUCACGGCUCGCACCAGCCUUCCAGGGGAGGAGUGGAACUCAGCGACCAUCAGGACAGCCGGCAGGCGGACCCGCACGCCCCCAGGCACGAGCCCUAUGCCGUGGAGUCUGGCUUGGAGCCUCCCGUGUAUGUGCCUCCGCCGUCAUACAGGUCACCCCCCGAGCACAUCCCAAACCCCUACUUAGACGAAGACCCGGCUCCCAGACCUGUUUGCAGUGGCCACAGCCAACAGCUGCCUCUGACUGAGAAGACCAGGGCCAGCGGGCAGCUUCCUCCUGGCCCCUUUGGCGCUGGGAAUGGUGUGAGCCCCUGCUGUCCUCGCGGGCCCUCUGCCGCAGCCCACGACAGCUCUGUUCAGUACAUCCCCUUUGACGAUCCACGGAUACGACACAUUAAACUAGCUCAACUCCAGGGUUUCUGCGAGGAAUCAAACCUGGAUGGUAAAUCCCGGAACUCCAGUCCUGUCACGCCCCAAGAGCCACCUCGUGGGAAAAUGCAGCCUGAUGGCGCCGUUUGGGAUCCACAGGGCCUGACAUCCCUGUCAGGAGAUGAGAGAGACCUGGCCCUGGCAGGCACCCAGCCGUGGUGGCUGUGGGGCCAGCUCUCCAGGGACGGAGAACCCAGUGGCUUCUCCGACCAAAGAGACCACCAUGUCACCAGAGGACAGCGGCCUGAGGUAGGGGGCAGCCAGCAGCGACACGCAGAAGGCCAAGUUUCCUCCCAACACUCGCAGGGUGCAAGUACCUGUGACACUCAAACCAAGCUCAAAAAGUUUGAGGCUGGGAUUCAGACCAAGAAAAGUUCAAAGAAGAAAACAAAUGAGACCAUAUUUUGUUUGGUUUCCAUCCCAGUGAAAUCAGAAUCACAUCUGCCAGAUAUAGAUACGAACAACAAUGACUUGAAACAGGCUGGUGAUAAAAAGAAUGGUUCUGAUAAGAGCACUGCCCUGCAGGAACAGAGCCUGCUGAGCCUGUCCUCUACCGACCUGGAGCUGCAGGCUCUCACGGGAAGCAUGGGCGGGAGGCCUGAGUUCCAAAAGCAAGAUCUGGGGGAACCAGAAGAUGACAAACCAACAAAUGACCUCAGAUUCAUUCACUUCACCCAGCACGGAGAACUCAAGUAUGUUGGCUCUUGGCCAGGGCACCAGUACCGGGACCAGCAAACACAAACCAGCUUCCCUGAAGAAUCCCAGAGCUCCCAGCUGCUCCCUGGUGCACAGCCAGCAGGGUCAAGUGACACAGGGCCCACUCCACAACAUCCAGACCCUGCAGCCUCCGAGGGUCACAUGCAUAUGGCGUUGGCUUCUGGUGACCACAGGCAGAGGCCAAGUGCUCAUCACCUGAGAGGUCAGAGAUCCCUCAGCCCGUCUGGCAACAGUGUUUUCUCAAGGACCUCCCAAUCCACGCACCAGGCCCCUGCACCAAAAGCGGGUCGGAGUCAGCCCAGCGUGGACGUCCGGGGACACGGAGCCAGCCCCAAGCCCGUGCGUGAGGUGGUGAAGGGGGAACCAACAGGCCCAUGCAACAGCCAGCAACUGUUUGGGCAGUUUCUCCUGAAGCCGGUCAGCCGGCGUCCCUGGGAUUUGAUAAGUCAGUUGGAAAGUUUUAACAAGGAGCUUCAGGAAGGGGAAGAAAGCAGCAGCAGCAGCAGCAGUGAGGACAGUGAGGCCGAGCAGCAGCAGGAGGACCGUGCUGGCUCCAGGCCAGAGAAUCCCAGCUCCCCUGGACACAGCCCAGGGCCAUGUGCUGAGCUGCAGUCUGUGACCUGGGUGCUGGAGCCCCCCAUGUGGCAGUCGGGAGGGGAGGAGCAUCAGUCUGAGCACUGGAAUGAGGGCCCCGGGCCCAGCAACUCUGCCCCCUUAGCUCCCUCACAGGUAGAAUGUGGCAGAGGGGACUCCUUCUGGUCAGCAGACGGAAGCUGGAGUAACGAGGUUGACAGGGCAGUGAAUGAGCCAGCAGUCAGCCCAGGACCAGUGCAGGGACUGGUGUCUUCAAGAUCAAGUGGCACAAAGCCAGUGUCCCCACCCUCCCCAGCUGAGCAGAGGGAGCCCCAGGAAAUUCAGAAACUCAUCGGUGCUUUCAUUUCUGCGAAACCCAGCAUAGCGGGUCCUCCGAGGGUCGACAGUGGGAGACAAAGGGGUGCAGUGCUCCCGCUCUCCCUGACGGGCAAGAACCGAGGGCUCUCGGCACCAGACCUGCGGUUGGUGGGGCUCGCCCCCGGACAAGAGCCGAGCACCAGCCAGGUAGAUGGGUCUUCAGGUGAAGCAAUAGAAAUCCCCCCAGGUGAGUCGCUGCAAGCCAGGGCUGCGAGGAUCCUGGGCAUCGAGGUGGCUGUGGAGACCCUCCUGCGGGGCUCCAGGAGAGCAGGACAGAGCCAGCCUCCCCUGCCUGAUGCAAGUGCCUGCAGCCCAGAGUCCCCAAGGGAUGAGCCGUCGUCAUCUGGCUCAGCCCCAGCAGAUGUCCCCACAGUGCCCACCGACGCCUUUUAUGGCAGGAGGAAAUGCGGCUGGACCAAAAGCCCCCUCUUUGUGGGGGAAAGGGACAGUGCCAGGAGGGCUUCCCCAGUGUCUGAUCACUCAAGUGUGGAUGGGGUCAUCGCCAGCGAAGCCUCCAGCCCUGAGCCUCCCCUCAACCUCCUGGAGUCUAGGUCUUCCAACCAAAAGGAUCUGGGGGCAAGACCUCCCUUCAGGUCCACUUUGUUCCAUUUUAUAGAAAGGACACCUAGUGUGGCAGGCUCAGAAAAGAGGCUCAGAAGCCCUUCCAAAGUGAUUGAAAGUUUACAAGAGAAACUGGCCUCCCCUCCCAGCAGAGCAGCCCCUGACCGCCUGCUGAGAAUGAAGGAGGUGAGUUCUGUGUCUCGGAUGAGAGUGCUGAGCUGCAGGAGCAGCGACUCCACAGAGGAGACUGAGGAACUGAAGGCCGUCAGAGGCCCGCCUGGCCCACCCAGGGGCUCCCUGUCUCUAAGCGGUGAGGACCACACACUCUCUGGCUGUAAGCAGGGCACUUCUUGGGGAGAAAGCGAACGUCCAGCCACAGAAAAGAAGGACGGUGAUCAAGACUUCUGGUGCCCAGAUUCAUAUGACCCUAGCAGAGUGGAGAGGGUAUGACGAAACGUCGGUGACACUGGGACCUCUUUUGUUUGUCAAUUGAGUAAUCUCUGGUUUAGUCUAUUAGCCCAACUUGCCCACAGAGAAGCUGAAAAGUGUUGUUUUUCAGCGCACUGAAAAACGUCCUUUCCCACUGGCACUAGGAAAGUUGCCAUCUGUGCAGAAUUGCUUGCUGGAGAUCAAGCAAUAGUCCGUUGAAACCAUCUGUUUUUAUAGCAUGAAGAUUUAAUGCCUCUAAUUAGAAAAGAGUUUUCACAGAAACUCUCCUUACUGAUGGAUGUGGCCGAGCUGGUGAAUAGUUUGGUAUUACUUGGUUCUGUGUGCGAUCUUAAACGUGGAGGAUGCAGUGAAUGAUGCGAAGGGACUGUGAAUGUUGUCAAUUCCCCUUUGCCUGUGGCCUGGGCUCCCUUUAAGGGGUUUGGGACACAGUUUGGGGGAAAUGUGAAUGAAUAUAUAUGACCCAUUUCUAAUCAAUUUGGCCUUCUGCCAGGAGUAACUUUCCUUAUAAGUAACUUGCUAUCAGAGAAUAAAAGCAAUAUCUUGGAAGUUCCUAAAAAUUUAAACCUGUACUGUAAUAUACUAAGAGUAUUAUUUAUCUGGCAAUGGAGAACUUUGUUUGCAAACAUGCCAUUGUCUGCUUUGCACUCAGUAUUACCCAUCUUUAUUUUCUCUAUGGGUAUUUAGAAAUUCUUUAUAUGAAAAGCAAAAUGCUGGGUUCAAAUAGACCAUUUUAACAAAGUGACUAUAUUUCUUUUUACAAAAAUGCUAUUUUUCUAUGAUGUAAACAAUUGUUAGGUGGCAGAUUUUUAAGGAAGUAUGAUUUUAUUUAAGAGUCUGUAUCCCUUUGUGUGAGAGGAACCCGAAGAGGGUUCGCUUUGGCUUUAAAGCGUAUGCAGUGCUGUUACUUUCAUUUUAUCUACGAACAUUGUCAACCCGGACGUCUCACAGGGUUAAUAACAUAAACAUUCCAGACAGAUUUUUGUACAGAUGUAGCUAUAAGGUUAUAUUUGAAAAUAACCCUCUCAAAACCAGCCAGCAUCUUCACGAUAGCUUUUGCUGCCACAUCAACUAGAAUUACCAAAAAGCAUAGUUUUAUCUUUGUAUGUCUGGGGAGAUCUGCCCCAAGAGCAUACUUUUCUCCCCUCCCCCCCAACACCCCUUUAAAGAAACACGUGUUUUUAUCUAGAAAGAUCUGAAGUAGUCUCUAUGUUUGGGGACAUUAUAUAUGUAUGCUCUUACAAAACUAUUCUGAGGCCCGUGUAUUCUGUGUUUCGUAUUGCAUUAACCUGCACAAAAUGUAUGCAUUUUUUUCCUGCAUUUAUUGUUUUCUUUCUAAAUAAGGUUUUCUUGUUAACUAACAUUUCCUAAAGGGUUUCUCCUUCCUCCCUCUUUCCUUCUUUCCUUUCUUCUUUCUCCCUUUAUUUUCUCCUACCUUUGUCUUCUCUUUGAGAAACCACCUUCUCUAUUUUUAGACAUUUCAAAUUCCUGAACUGUGAACCAUGGGUGGUGACCUGUCCUCUGGCCCUAAAACAACGGGGCUUUCACGGCCCGCUCUUAUCUGUACCAUAUGAUUUUAUUUCAUAAGAGCUUCAUGUGUUUGGACUGUAAUAAACAAAACGGAAUCUAAGUAGCCCUGACAAAUCUUUCCAAAUUCCCUUAUCAGCAGUUUUGGUCUUCACCUAUGACUCAGAGUCACCUCUUUGCAGACUUCAGCUCCUAGGAAGAGUUCUUGUAGGCUCAAGUGUUUUACAGCAGCAGUGAGCAGGGCCAAGUCUCUUCCCAGGACGGGUUUAGUGGAGAAGAGGUCAGUCGCUCUGUUUUAGUCAUUGAACCCUUCAAGUCCUCUGGUCUUGCUGAUGAGGGCUGAGCCACCUGGAGGCCUUUGUUGUAGGGAGAGUGUUCUGCUUCCCUCUUUAAAUAAAUGCCAAUGCAAGCAAGUAUAUGUGUGUGUAUUAUACGUAUAUACACACAUGUAAGUAUACACGUACGUAUCUAUUAACUCUUUCCUGACUUCCCCUUAAAUUUUGCUGAUGCCAUCUAAAAGUUCUAUGUAAUCAAAAGAAUGAAAUAUGAGCUUAUUCUUCAGAAGAAAAAAAGGAGCCCCAAGAAAACAGAACUGCUGCACCUUAUACAUAUCUCAAACCAAAAUACGAUGCUUUUCUGUUUUGUUUUAAAUUGUUGUAUCCUAUCUUUCUGGAAAUUUCUAAAUGUAGUUGAAAUUACCAUUCUUUAUACUUCAAUCGUAAUUUUUCUGCUUUCCAGCUCACAUGUAAAUGCUUUUGGGGAGGAAAAAGAUGGCUUUCAGAAAUUUAAGUAAGUUAAAAAAUUGCCUUUUAAACUCAUAUAUUCUGAGAUAAACAAUGGCCUCUGAUCAAAAUUCACUUUUCCAGAGGCUUUGAAUUUAAUACUAAUUGUUCUUCCAUUAUUUUUAUUUCUCAUAUACAUACAACUCCAUGAUUAUUUUGUGGCCGGAGAAAAAAGGUUCUUAGGUUUUGUAUUGUUACUAUUUUCCUCAAACCCAUAAUUUACUGUGUGUGUGUUGAAUAAUUUGGAGCUUAUAAAAUGAAAUUGAAAGUUCUAAUUUUGACUAUUUGGACUAAAAAUUAUAUGAGGUAUUACAUAUGAAAUGUCUUGGUAUUUCUUGAUCUGCAAAAAGACAGGGGGAAUGAUAGUAAUUUGGCUCAAAUUGCCUUUCUAUGAAGAAAAUUUGUGAAUGACUGAAAACCAAAUAUCUGUUUGGUCAACUUCACGGUUCUGCAAACUAUAAUAAAGUGCUCUCAAGAUGCAACUAGCCCCUUCUUGGAUCCUCAGAAUUAUUUCCAUGCUGGUAAUUGCUUGAAUUUCUUUCAUAAAGGUCCCUAAAACAUUCUUCCACCUCCUGGUUUCCUUACUAGAAUUGUAGGUUGAGGUUUUAAUUCAUGUGGGCUGCAGAAAAAUGAUGAAGGUUAUCUGUUGAAACAACUGUGUCCCAGCUCUGAGCAGAAGGGAAUGAUGGAAGAAAACAUUAACCUGUCAUUUCAUCCUGUGACCCCCCCACACACCGAUGAUCAUGCUUGGGGUUUUUGGCUAUUUUUGUUGUUUGUUUAAAAUGAUUAAAUGAUGCACAAUUAAAUGCCAAGUCAGCAUCUCUUGAAAAAUGGCCAGUGCAGCAGAAUUCUCUAUCUCUCUGUAAGUGUUGGGGCUUAGAGAAAUAUUUCAGAUCUCCUAAGUUCUUAUAAGCAGUUACUUUUGUCUGGGGGGGAGCGUUGUUCAGCCAAGAUGCAUGCGGGCAGGGGAGAUAAGCCUUGAGAGAUGGGACGUGGGGUGGGAUUCUGUUUCUGAAGCCAAAGCCAUCGCAGGCCCAGGGGACUUCUGCAUUUUCUUUUUGUCCUGUUUUUUUAAAACUGCUGAUUUUCUACAUCUGUUUGUGGGAGGAGAGUUGCAACUCAGGACAGGAUUUAAGAGACAUGUUCCAAUGACCUUUAAGAGUCUGCAGGGUGGGAGGUCCUUUUCGAGGAGUGUGGGUUGGUCCACUCGGGGACCGUCCAAGCCAAGAAGGGGGAGAUGAUAUUAUAACAUUAAAGGAAGAUUGGCCUCCAGCCUGCAUAUUUUGUUGGCAAGAAAGAAAGAGGGAGUGGUUACAGCUAUAAAUUCUGCUCAAGGCCUCCUGAAAAGGUCGACGUGGUCUAGCAACCUGCCUGUUGAAACAGUCCUUGGGUUCCUUGGCAGUGCCGGGAGGUGGCCAGAGUGCCCACAGAUUUCUGGCUUUGAUUUUCAAGAGCUCCCGUCACAUUUGUGUCUACUAAGACAGCAGAGGACAAGGCGGGCCUUGUUCCACGGUCUCUGCCCACUGACGGAGACUCAAACCCAAAGGCAAGCCUGGAUUGUCCAGACUUUCAUCCCAACUCCCAGAUAGGGAGUAAGGAGGAGCCUGCCCCCCACGGAAGACAGGCCCAGCUGGGGCUCUCGGCUACCUCCGUGCACCUCUGCCCUACCGCAGAGCCGAGCUGCGUGACGUUCACGGUCACAGAGCAAGCAGGAGACAAAGGCAAGUUCAAGUUGAGAGGGAUAUGGCAGAAAACAGAAAUGCAAACCAUAUGUCCCAGCCACGAAGAAAAGCAGAACCUCCAGAUUGUGAAAACCAAUGAAGUGCUCUCCACCUGGGUCAGCAGAAACUUGAUCCCUCACAACACAGGCCUGCCAGAGAAGCUAAGAAGAAACAUCUCAAAACAAGUUUUUUCUUUCCCUAAAAUUUGGUGAAGACACGGCCCCGAAACCCCACGGAAGCCCUGUAUCCACUCAUCCUUUUUUUGAUCACUGUUAAAUACCCGAGGGAGAUGGGAUCAGAGAGACACAAUUGGUAAUGGCCGGUUGCCAGUUGUGGUCAUUGCCCCCAGAUCAGGCAGUGUAGGGACCUUCAGGUGAUGAGAAGUGAGGGUAGGUGAAGAAUAAUAAAGUAGCUGGUGGAACCCCAGCGAAACCCGACAGACCAAUGUCUUCCAGGAACUCUUGUCUUUCUCUGCACGAUGUAAAUACCCUCACUGCUUCAGGGUGGCUGCUGGCCCACUCAGCGACAAACCUUUUGCAAAGACUUUGAAUGGAAGCACCUGUGUUCCUUAUCUUUGGCUGUGGGUGCCCAUGCUGUGCCAUCAUCCCUAAAGGCUGGUCCCCAGAGGACAGCAGGCUGCUCGGUGAGGGGCUUGCAUGGCAGGGACAGGUGAUCCACGGAGUUCCCACAUCACUGGUCUCCACUGUGCAUCACCCUCAAGUUCAAGCCCCUGCUUGCGUCUCCCCCCAGCCUUGCCAACAUUCUGGAGAGAGACCUAGAGUUAGUGCAGGGACUGGGUGUGACUUUUAGCUCCAUGACUAAACAUGGGGGCUUGCGAAUGUCACGUCCCUGGCCUGUGUGUCCUCCCCUUCCUCUCCUACUGCUUGAACAUGAGAAUCAAGUACAGUAGAACCUCUGUAAGUUGACCACCGAGGGACUGUAGCAAACUGGUCAACCUACACAGGUGGUCAACAUAAAAAACCAGGCCUACUGGGCUGCUACGUACAUGUGGUGCAUGUCCAGUCUAUGAAAAUCAAGUCAACGUAAGGAGGUGGUCAGUGUAGGGAGAUGGUCAACUACAGAGAUUCUACUGUAUAUAACAAACCCCUGGCGUGAUGCAGGUGUUCAGUGCAGAGAACAAAGCUAGGCUCAUGCAUUAUGGGGAAAAUGACUUGUCUGGAAGGAUGGAGGGUGUGACGUCCAGGUCUUGUAGGGCUCCCCCUCCUGGCUUGCAGCAUAGCAGUUCUGGAAGCAGAUGGAGAGACACCAGCAUGCUCUCAAUUUUUUAUUUCUUUCCAGCAGAUCAAUAAACGUCUAAAGCUGUUGCUUCUGAGUUUUUAAAAAAUGUGAACCUUCUUUCCAAGAGACAGGCUCUCACUGUGUUGCUCAGGCUGGCCUCGAACUGCUGGGCUCAAGUGAUCCCCCUGCCUUGGCCUUCCAAGUAGCUGGGACUACAGGCUCUUUCCCUUAUUUCUUCCUUGGCUCCAUGUGUGCUGGGCCCAGAGUUUGGGUCUCCCAGGGCCCUCCAG